GUACAUAUAAAUACAGGUCACAAAAUCAGACAAAUACAGAGAAGAGAGAUAUACGUAAGGGGAGAGAGAUGGAGACAAGAAGACUACUAGUAUGGGUUUUAAUGGGUUUUGCGAUGAUGUGUGGGGGAGGAGCACAAUUAACGGAGAAUUUUUACAGUUCGACUUGUCCAAACGUGGAAGCCAUCGUGAACCAAGCAGUGACCAAUAAGUUGGCUCAGACUUUUACCACCAUUCCUGCAACUCUUCGUCUCUUCUUCCAUGACUGCAUGGUAGAGGGAUGCGACGCUUCGGUGAUGAUCGCGUCGCCGAACGGGGACGCAGAGAAGGAUGCUCCGAUUAAUCUAUCUCUGGCCGGAGAUGGGUUCGACACCGUGAUUAAAGCAAAGGAGGCGGUGGAAGCUGAAUGCCCCGGCGUGGUUUCAUGCGCAGACAUUUUAGCACUCGCUGCCAGAGACGUUGUUGUCUUGGUUGGAGGCCCUUCAUUCAACGUAGAACUAGGACGCAGGGAUGGCCUCGUUUCGAUUGCCUCUCGGGUCGAAGGAAACCUGCCAAAAGCAAACUUCAAUCUGAACCAACUCAAUGCCAUCUUUAGCAGGCACGGCAUGAGCCAAACCGAUAUGAUAGCCCUGUCCGGAGCACACACGGUGGGGUUCUCGCACUGCAACGAGUUCACCGAUCGCCUGUACUCUUCUCAGGUGGACCCUACUAUGAACUCCGACUUCGCCCAGCGGUUGAUGCAGCUCUGCCCCAGAAAUUUCGACCCUCAAGUGGCCAUCGAUCUGGAUGUUCAAUCCCCACGAGCGUUCGACAAUUUGUACUACCAGAACUUGGUUUCCGGUCAGGGGCUGCUCACUUCUGACCAGGUUCUCUUCACCGACUCCGAUUCACAGUCAACGGUGGUCGAGUUCGCCAACAACCCUGCCGAGUUCAAUGCGGCGUUUGGCACUGCGAUGAGGAAGCUUGGGAGGGUAGGGGUCAAGACUGGGAAGGAAGGGGAGAUUAGGAUCGAUUGUACUAAAUUCAAUUCUUCGUGAGAUUUUCAUUUUGUGCAUGGUGUUCAUCAUACAGUAAUUAAUGUGUUGUAAUUCUAUAUAAGUGUCCAAUAAUUCCAGCCAGGGAAGCCUAUGUAUUGUGUCA